AUGACUAGCUAUCCAGGACCCCCCGAUUACCAAUACGCUCCUCCUCCUGGUCCACCGCCUUCACAUGAUGCUCAAGGCUCACAGUCUCAAGCUUCCUCCAGCCAAGGUCAAUUUGCACCACCUCCUGGUCCACCACCAUCUCUCGGUGAGCCACCACCAUAUCAUGAUUGGACGAUAAUACCCGACACUUCAACUCUGCCGCCUCCACCUACUACUGGUCAUGAGCAACCUGCAAGUAACAAUGCGGACUCAAUGGAAGCAGACCGUGCCCACGCUUGGUGUGCUGCUCACCCUUUGCUGUAUCCUCAUCAACCAACGAGCGAACAACAUUCUGUAGUUCAGAAUGGCCAAGUUCAACUAAGUAAACCCCAUGGCUACGGAGGCGAACUCAAGACGAUUACUGCUGGCUCUGGGAAAGGUUUCACCUGGUCCAACAAGAGCGAUGGAUGCCUAUUGACUUCCCUUCCCCUGUACUUCGCUUUCAUGGAUUCACCUGUGCGUACAGGAAGGAGCAAAGUUACAUAUUUUGAAGUGGAAAUAUUAUCCAUAGGCGACGAAAGCACACUUGCACUUGGCUUUUGCGCAAUACCUUACCCUACCUGGAGGUUACCAGGUUGGGAGAGGGCAAGUCUGGGUGUCCAUAGUGACAAUGGCCAUCGAUACGUCAAUGAUCCUUGGGGUGGGAAGGAUUUCACCCAACCCUUCAAAUCAGGCGAUACAGUUGGAAUUGGUAUGUCCUUCUCCGUACCAGAAACGCCACUCGACAACAUUCAACCGGCGCAGCCUUUGCUCCAAAACAAAGUUGAAGUAAUGUUCACCAGAAACGGUAGAAAAGAAAACAGCUGGGAUAUACACGAGGAGCUAGAUCACGAGACAGAUCAAGGUAUAGACGGACUUGACGGGCUUUUUGAUCUUUACGGCGCAAUCGGUGUUUUCGGCGUCGUCAGCUUUGCUGCAAAAUUCAAAAGAGAAGAGUGGCUUUGGAGGCCCCAUUGA